AUGGCAUUUAAGAUUCUCGUAGCAUUAACCUUCGUUGCUGUUGCCAGUGCUGGUUAUGUGCCUGCUCCACAAGUAUAUCAUGCAGCUCCAGCAGCCGUUGUCAAGACUGUUGCUCCAUUAGCUUAUGCUGCUCCAGCGGCUGUCGUCAAAACAGUAGCUCCAGUCGCAUAUGCUGCUCAACCAGUUUUGGCAAAAGCAACUGAAGAAUAUGACCCACAUCCACAAUACAAAUAUGGCUAUGAUGUUCAAGAUGCUCUUUCCGGUGACUCAAAGAGCCAAGUUGAGGAACGUGAUGGUGAUGUAGUUCGUGGUGAAUAUUCCUUAAUUGAUGCUGAUGGUUUCAAACGUACCGUUCAAUAUACCGCCGAUCCAAUCAAUGGUUUUAAUGCUGUAGUCAACCGUGAACCUCUCGUCAAGACUGUCGCAGCUGUCAAAACUAUUGCUCCCGUUGCAUAUGCUUCUCCAGCUGUAGUCAAAACUGUUUCACCAGUGGCUCACUAUGCUUCUCCAGCUUUAGUUAAAACCGUUGCUCCAGCUUACACCACCUACUCUGCACCUGCUACAUAUGUCGCCCAUCACUAA